AUGCGCUUUCUUCCGUGCCUCACCACCUUGGCUGCCACGGCAUCUGCCUUGGUUAUUGGGGACCGUCCCCGUUCAGAUGAUCUCUAUGUCCUGGAAUUCGGUCCUGGGGAUACGAAAACUGUAACGGAAGCAGAGAAAUGGGCUUUGAGAGCAGAGGGCAAGAGGUUCUUCGACAUUACUGAUCGGGUCAGCCAGCUUGAACUCACAUCAAGCCAGCAACAGAAGCCCGCCGUCAAGUAUCCCGAUUCGGUGCAACACAAGGAGACCGUAGAAGCCCUAAUCAAGUCGCUCGACAAAAACAACUUCGAAACGGUUCUGCAGCCGUUCUCGGAGUUCCACAAUCGUUAUUAUAAGAGCGACAAUGGCGCAAAGUCAUCCCAGUGGUUGCAGGGUAAAAUCCAGGACAUCAUUUCUACAAGUGGCGCAAAGGGAGUCACUGUCAAGCCUUUCAAACACUCCUUUGCUCAGUCGAGCAUUAUCGCGACAAUUCCUGGCAAGAGUGGAAAGACUAUUGUGCUUGGAGCACACCAGGAUUCUAUCAACCUGAGGUCGCCUUCAACGGGCCGUGCGCCCGGUGCUGAUGAUGAUGGCUCCGGAGUUGUAACAAUUCUCGAAGCCUUCCGUGUACUCCUCACGGACAAACAAGUGGCAGCCGGCGAGGCUCCUAACACUGUUGAGUUCCAUUUUUAUGCUGGCGAGGAGGGAGGUCUCCUGGGAAGCCAGGACAUCUUCCAACAAUACUCGCAGAAGAAAAAAGACGUGAAGGCCAUGCUCCAGCAGGACAUGACUGGCUACACGGAAGGUACGACGAAUGCUGGCAAGAAGGAAUCAAUCGGUAUUAUUACCGACAACGUCGAUGCGAACCUUACCAAGUUCCUGAGGAUGAUUGUGGCUGCUUAUACCAACCUUCCAUCUGUUGAUUCUAAAUGCGGAUACGGGUGUUCCGACCAUGCCUCGGCCACGAAGUAUGGCUAUCCCGCGGCAUUUGCAUUCGAGUCUGAGUUUGGCGACGACAGCCCCUACAUUCAUUCGGCGGAUGAUACGAUUGAUACCGUCAACUUUGACCACGUGUUGCAGCACGCAAGAAUGACUCUUGGAUUUGCAUAUGAGCUUGCUUUUGCAUCGUUGUAAGGGGGUCUAUAAUGAUGAGUAUUGUUGGCAUGGGUACUCUGUGGGCGUUAGUGUACAAUUCAGGAGACGAUGAUACGUAAUAUAUAUAGAUACUCCUGAGCUAGGGUUAU